GUGCCGCUGGCGGGCUCCAAGUUGCCGCGCUGGCUCUAGGCAAAGAAGAGGGACUCGACUUUGGGGGUGCAAUUGGGGUUCGCUUUGGCGAUGGCCUCGUUCGUGACAGAAGUUCUGGCGCACUCGGGGAAGCUGGAUAAGGAGGAUCUAGGCACCCAGAUCGGCCGCCUGACCCGCCAGGUGGAGGAAGUCAAGGGUGAGGUGUGCAGUUUGAUCAGCAAAAAGUACAAUGAGUUCCUGCCUAGCAUGCAGAGUGCUCAGGACUUGGUUACCCAGGUGGACAAACUCUCCCAUGACAUUGACCAACUGAAAUCCAGGAUAGAGAGACAGGUUCGCCAAGAUCUUCAUGUAUCAACUGCUGAAUUCACAGACUUGAAGCACCAGUUGGAUAGAGACUUAGUAGUCAUAAGUUUGCUUAAACAGCUACAAGAGUUUUCUACUGCUAUCGAAGAAUAUAACUGUGCAUUAACAGCGAAGAAGUAUGUCGCUGCAGCUCAGCAUCUAGAAGAGGCACAGAAAUGCUUGAAGUUAAUAAAAUCCAGAAAAUGCUUUGAUUUAAAAAUACUGAAAUCUCUCAGCAUGGAGUUCACAGUACAAAAGCAGAACAUACUUUAUCACCUUGGAGAAGAGUGGCAGAAACUGAUUGUAUGGAAGUUUCCAUCCAAAGAUAUCAGCAACUUGGAAUUUUACCUCCAAACAGAACUUCAUUUGUGUAUAGAACAGGCUCAGAAUGAGGAGAAGACCCAAGUGCCACCGAUCAGUUCUGUCCUUUUAGCAUUUUCUAUCCUAGGGGAACUACAUUCCAAGCUGAAAUCAUUUGGUCAGAUGCUGCUAAAGUAUAUUCUUAUGCCUCUGGUGUCUUGGCCAUCCCUUUCUGUUCUGAUAGAAACUCAGCCCAACGUCAUUAUCAUUCGUUUUGAAUCUGUAACGACAGACUUGGAACAUCCGUCUCCCUGUGAAGUUUUUACAAAAAUCAGGCUGGUACUAGAAGUGCUACAAAAACAACUUCAAGAUUUGCCUCUUAGUAAUGACCUCGAAAAUGAAGAAGCACCUAAAAUCAUAUUGGCGGAGAUGCUUGGUGACAUGAUCUGGGAAGACUUGUCCGAGUGCCUCAUUCAAAACUGUUUGGUUUACUCUAUUCCUACAAAUAGCAGCAAGUUGCAGCAGUAUGAAGAGAUCAUACAGUCCACUGAAAAAUUUGAAAUUUCUCUGAAGGAGAUGAAAUUUUUGAAAGGAGAUACAACCGAUUUGCUGAAAUAUGCCCGAAACAUAAAUUCUCAUUUUGCCAACAAGAAGUGCCAGGAUGUGAUCGUGAUGGCUCGAAACCUAAUGACCUCGGAAAUUCACAACACCGUGAAGAUUACUUCUGAUUCUAAGAUAAGUGUACCGGAUUUGCCCCAACCUGAUGAGGCUAACAAGUUAGUGGUACAGAAAAUGUCCACAACUGAGUACAAAGAAGUAAAUUUACAGUCUGAUAAUACAUUGGACCAACAUACAUUUUCUUUGCCCACCUGCUGUAUUAGUGAAUCAGUGAAGAAAUUGAUGGAACUUGCCUAUCAGACAUUAGUAGAGGCAACAACCAGCAGUGAUCAAUGUGCUGUUCAGCUUUUCUAUUCUGUGAGGAAUAUCUUCCAUUUGUUCCAUGAUGUUGUACCAACAUAUCACAAGGAGAAUCUUCAAAAACUGCCACAAUUGGCCGCCAUCCAUCACAACAACUGUAUGUAUAUUGCUCACCACUUGCUGACCCUCGGACAUCAGUUUAGAUCACGACUUGCUCCCAUUCUUUGUGAUGGCACAGCUACUUUUGUGGAUCUUGUUCCCGGCUUCAGGAGACUUGGGACAGAGUGUUUUUUAGCCCAAAUGCGGGCACAGAAAGUUGAACUUCUGGAAAGGUUAUCAAGUGCUAGAAACUUUGCAAACAUUGAUGAUGAAGAGAAUUACUCUGCAGCAAGUAAAGCAGUUCGACAGGUACUCCACCAACUAAAGAGACUUGGAGUUGUGUGGCAGGAUGUCCUGCCAAUUAAUAUAUAUUGUAAGGCUAUGGGGACUUUACUCAAUACGGCAAUUUCUGAAAUCAUUGGCAGAAUCACAGCUCUUGAGGACAUCUCUACUGAAGAUGGAGAUAGAUUAUAUUCUUUAUGUAAAACAGUGAUGGAUGAAGGACCCCAAGUAUUUGCACCUCUAUCCGAAGAGAGCAAGAAUAGAAAAUACCAAGAAGAGGUCCCCGUGUAUGUGCCAAAAUGGAUGACCUUCAAAGAAUUGAUGAUGAUGUUACAAGCCAGCCUGCAAGAAAUUGGGGAUCGGUGGGCUGAUGGAAAGGGGCCCUUGGCAGCUGCAUUCUCAUCCAGUGAAGUAAAAGCUUUAAUUCGUGCCUUGUUCCAGAACACAGAAAGAAGAGCUGCUGCCCUCGCUAAGAUUAAAUAGGUUAAUCUUCUGGAGAAAGCCAUAUCUUGACUAUGUGGAUUCCUCUGUUGGCAUAGUUAUUCGUUUAAAGAUUUAACCAAAACCAA